GCCACAUUUCUGCCUCGCACAGCCUGAUGAGUCUUGACCAAGACUUUCUCAUUAUACCCUCAUAUGUCUCCGUUCGAUCUGAAGGUCAGUUUUGCUUCAAUUUGUCUUGCAUUGAAUGCUCCUGGAAACAGUGCUUCUGCCAUCAUUUUGGUCGGACUCCCUGGAUUCGCGAGGCCUAAGACAAUAUGCCGGACGCAUCAACUAAUAUCACCAACCCGAGAACCAGCUCAGCUGAAAGGAAGCAGGCUGAGGGACCGUCAGCGAAAACAAAAUCUCUUCGUUCCCAGAACACCCCAUCUUCCGUUCCAUGGAUGCAGUGUCUCAGGCUGCUAUUGCGAUCCGUAGGCCUAGGUAUCGCAUUCAUAAUCCACGGAUCCGAACCACGCAAGGCUCUCUUUCACAAAUCGCGACGCGCCGUGCUAGCAGGUUCCGCCGUUCACAUACUGCCGGCGGCGGUAUCAGCGUGUCUAUUGACGUACAAAAUUCGUGGAUAUUUCAUCGGUCGCAAACUGGAGGGCGUCAACAGCCAGGAUAACUUGAAACUCAGAGCUCUCCAGAUUUCGGCAAAGCUGCAGGAGCUCCUUAUCACAGCAAGCCUGGGCUCCAUCAUAUUGAAUGUCAUUCGACGCCAUCUUGUGUUCAAAGACGGAGUGCCGCUUGGUCUUCUGGGGUCCGAUAAGGCUUUUGCGCAGGUCAGACCUUGCCUCAGCUUCUUCUGGUCCGUCGAAUUCUGGGGCGGCGUCCGGUCUUUUCGUAAUCAGAAGUGGGGACAGAACAUAUUCCUGGUCGGCUUGCUUGUCGUGAGCGGUGGCCUGACGCUACUUGCGGGUCCAGCGACCGCUGUUCUCAUGAUACCAAGGGUGAUGAACUUGCCAACUGGGGGCAGUAUUUUCUGGCUUAACGGUGAGGUUCUUUCCUGAUCUGUUUGCCGA